AGAGCGUGAGCCCGCACUAGCAGAACACAAGCCGUGAGUGUACACAGUAUAGCGAGCUAACCUAGCGACUGCCAUGGCGUGUGAGGGCUUAGUGGACUGGAAGGGGAAACCCAUCAACACAAAGGUUCAUGGUGGAGUCCGAGCUGCAUGGUAUCUUUAUUUUCUCAUUGUAGUGAAUUUUUUGGUGCACGUGCCGAACCUUCAAAAUAUGACAACGUAUCUCCGUGAAGUAAUGCAUAUGGGAGUGUCUGAUGCUUCAACCACGUUAACCAACUUUAUUGGUGCCAUGUGCGGAUUUGCUCUAUUGGGAGGUUUCCUCUCGGACUCCUAUAUCACUUGUGCCAGAACUAUGCUACUCUCUGUGCCACUAGUGAUUUUGGGCUACGGAUUGCUCACUCUGCAAUCCCACUUCCCUUGGCUCCAUCCGGCACCCUGCAACCCCUCCGAAGCAGCAGCAGACGCAACAAGCGGAAGCAGCAGCUGCAGGCAGGUCGACGGCUGGAGGUCCGCGAUGCUGUACACAUCCCUGUACACCAUCGCUCUCGGCGAAGGCGUCAUGCGCGCCUGCAUACCUGCCCUGGGCUCCGAUCAGUUCGACGGCGACAACCCCUCGGAGGCUCGGCAGCAGUCGAGCUUCUUCAACUGGUUCACCUUCUGCCUGUCCAUCGGGUCCGUCGCCGGCCUGAUCCUCGUCGUGUGGCUCGAGGACACCAGAGGAUGGGACAUUGGGUUUGGCUUGAGCGCCCUCUUGAUCCUCGUUGCGUUGCUAGUUUCUGCCGCUGGCCUCCCUUUGUACCGCAACCGUGUGCCUCAAGGCAGCGCCCUAACCAGAGUCCUGCAGGUUUUUGUUGUGGCGUUCAAAAACAGGAAGCUUCAGAUUCCUGAGAAGAAGAUGGAGGAAACACAGCAAAAUAGCUAUGGAGCGGAUUCUCAACAAGUGCCAUGUCAUACUCCUACUACUAAUAACAGCCUAAAAUUUCUGGACAAAGCCUGUGUGGAGACCAACACCGGAGGAGGAGAAGGAGAAGGAGAUGGACCUUGGUCGGUCUGCAGCGCGGCAAAAGUAGAGGAGACCAAGAUCGUUCUACGCAUGCUGCCCCUCGUCUUCAGCGCAACGGUGGCCCACGUAUCGAGCUCUCUGCUAAUCGCGUUCACCGUCCAGCAGGGCGCGACGACGAACACGAAGCUGGGGAAGGUGCACGUGUACCCCGCGAUGCUCUUCAUCAUCCCCUCCAUCUUCCAGACGCUGAUGCUGGUGGCCUACGACCGGCUCCUCGUGCCGCUGCUGCGGCGGCGCACGGGCUACACGGGAGGCAUCACGCAGCUGCAGCGCGUCGCCGUGGGCUUCCUGGCCGCGUCCGUCGCCCCGGCCGUCGCGGCGGUCGUCGAGAGGAAGAGGAAGGACACGGUGGCGGCGGCCGGCGGCCACAUCUCCCUCUUCUGGCUGGCGCCGCAGUUCUUCCUGAUCGGCGUGGAGGACACCACCGCCUUCGCGGGGCUGCUCGAGUUCUUCACCGCCGAGGCGCCCGACGGCAUGAAGUCCAUCGGCGUGGCGUUCUUCUGGUGCCAGGCCGGGAUGGCCUCGCUGCUGGGCACGCUGCUGGUGAGGCUGGUGAACAGGGUCACCCACAGCAGCAGCGCCCCUGGGUGGCUGGAGGGGAAGGACCUCAACAGCAGCCACCUUGAUCUGUUCUACUGGGUUGUCACGGCCGUGUCAUUUCUUGGCUGGCUCAAUUACCUCUACUGGGCCAAUAGGUACAAGUACCGACAUGAUCCACGGAUUUCCACCAAGUCCCCUGAUGAGGAAGACUCUAUGCCUUGAAGCAUCGGUGGGGUGCUCCCGCACUGAUCGCAUGCAACUGUCAACUGUAAAUAGUACUCCCUCAAAAACGAUCUGUCUGUCUGUAUCAUGAGUUGCAAGACUACUACUAUAUUAGAGGACCAUAAAUAUGUUGUAUGUGCCGUGUUUGUUCGGUGAUGUUUGCUGUGAGCAUAAUCACUACCUUAGAUCAAGGCA